AUGCUCCUCUCUGCUGUAUUCGCUUCACUCUUUAUCGCCUCCGGCGCAAUAGCUGCUUUUCUGGAUUCCCGUCAAUCUGGUUACCCAGCGUGCUUCCUCCCUUGCCUAAACGCCACCAUUAUCGACAAUUUUGGGUGCAAACCCAGUGAUUUCAGCUGUCUGUGCAAGAACCAAAAUUUCUUGGAUACAACGGCUCAGUGCUUGUACGACAAGUGCACCAAUCCUUCUGACAUCGCCCAGGCUAUUGCGACCUCUCAGGCAGCUUGCAAGGCGGCAGGUGUAAUUCUCACAUCCACCUACACCCCCACCCAAUCUCGCUCCCAAACUGGCUCUGGUGCCACUUCCUCAACUACAUUCGUCCCCACUACUGGGAGCGUCACCUCGACCUCGAACAGCGCGCCAUCAUCGACGAAGAAGGGUGCUGCCGUUGCGCUCAAAGUGAAUUCUAGACCUGCCGCAGGCGUUUUGGGUGCUGCGCUGCUGGCCGUUCUUGCUCUUUAG